UGUUAAUAGAAAUUUACAGCUGGCAACUCCCUUUUCGCAUAAGUGUCGCCUGGCGUGAACACGCGGAUUUUACUUCGUGGAUUUUUCAAUUGUUAAAUAAGCUGCCGAUAUGACGAAGAAGCGCCGUAAUGGUGGACGCAACAAGCACAAUCGCGGCCAUGUGAAGCCCGUGCGCUGCACCAACUGCGCCCGCUGUGUGCCCAAGGAUAAGGCGAUCAAGAAGUUUGUCAUCCGCAACAUUGUCGAGGCGGCCGCUGUGCGCGACAUCAGCGAGGCCAGCAUCUGGGACACCUAUGUGCUGCCCAAACUCUACGCCAAGCUCCACUACUGCGUCUCGUGCGCCAUUCACUCCAAGGUGGUGCGUAAUCGUUCGCGCGAGGCACGUCGCAUUCGUACCCCGCCCGUGCGCUCCUUCCCCAAGGAUAUGGCGCGCAACAACCAGAAUAGGAAGUAAAUGCGUUAGCAAAAGGCGGCUUGCUUAUAGAAACAUCAUCAACAACAACAACAACAACAGCAACUACAACAACAACAAUCCACACACACACUAUUGUAAAGUCUAGGUACGAUUCUGGGAUGAACUGCACGCAAUCGGGCAACGUCCGGCGUGGCCAAAUAUAAGCAUUCGGUUUUUUAAACAA